UGAUUGGUUGCGCCUGUCAGUGAGACCCCGUGGUAGAAGCCACACAUGGAGCAGGAGAGGUUUGGAGGCGGGGUGGCUUCAUCGGCCAAUCUUGUCCUUUUGCCUCUGCACCAUCGCCCAGAUCUCAUUGCAUCUUGUGCUGAACUGCUGAACCAAACAUGGCGGAGAAGUCUGGGAGCUCGGAUGCACUCCUUAGAACAUUCUUCUGAUGAGUUUCCUGUGUGCCUGGUGCUCAUCGGAGCCCCUGAGGGCCCUGCUCUUGGUCAUGCCCGUCUCUGCAGGGUGGCGGGUCUCCAGGAUAGCCUGUUUGUGGAGUCAGUGGUGGUUAAUGUUGAACUUCGUGGUAAAGGCUAUGGUCGGAAACUAAUGGAAGCCACUGAGAGAUAUGCUAGAGGAAGAGGCUUCCAAAAUCUAUACCUUACCACCCACGACAAGCAGGACUUCUACUACCACCUGGGGUAUCGCUUGUCAGACCCCGUGCAGAACAUGGGUACUCUGGGUAGUCUGAUACCUGUGGGCCUGUAUCAAAACCUGGCAGUCUUCAAAGCAAAUCCUACCUCCAGACACCAUCCUGUUGCCUCAUCAACACACGUACCACCAGCUGUAUUACCACCUGCUCCAUCCUCCCAGACAUCAUCACCAUCCAGGUCUGAUCAGUCGGGUUCAAUACCUCAGUCCACUCCUCCAUUCUUCACAUCUCCUCAACCACCACCAGCUCCUCCUCCACCACACUCCACAUGUCCACAACCAGCACAGGCUGCUCCUCUCCUCUGCUCUAUAUCUUCACCACCACAACCAGCUCCUCCUCUCCUCUAUUCUAUAUCUCUUCCACCACCACCACCAGCUGCUCCUCCUCCCCUCUGUUCCACAUCCACAUCUCCUUCACAACCACCACCGGCUCCUCCUCUCCGCUGCUACAUAUUUCCUCCAGAACCACCACCGGCUUCUCCUCUCCUCUGCUCCGUAUCUCCUCCAGAAACACCACUGGCUCCUCCUCUCCUCUGCUCCGUAUCUCCUCCACAACCUCCACUGGCUCCUCCUCUCCUCUAUUCUAUAUCUCUUCCACCACCAACACCACCAGCUGCUCCUCCUCCCCUCUGUUCCACAUCUCCUUCACAACCGCCACUGCCUGCUCUCCUCUGCUCCACAUCUCCUCCACAACCACCACCGGCUCCUCCGCUCCUCUGCUUCACAUCUCCUCCACAACCACCACCGGCUCCUCCGCUCCUCUGCUCCACAUCUCCACAACCACCACCAGCUCCUCCUGUCCUCUGCUCCACAUCUCCUCCACUGGCUCCUCCUCAGCCACCACCAGCUCUUCAGCCAGCAGGGCAGAGAAGAACAGGUUCCUUGCAGACCCCGCAUCGGGACUUUCGUGGGGAACCUCUAUUUUGGAUGAGUAAAUGUAUUUAAUGGUGGAUGCUGUGGCCUAUCACAGACUUUCCUGUGUCAUAGAGUCUCUGCCUUUCUGCAGGAGAUAUUUAUAUUACACACGUAUUUAUUCCCGUCACCCUGUGUGCCUUAUCACUGGUAGUUUAUGUGGCCCACAGCGGUGGUCUGGAGGCUGUUUCUACCCAACCAGGAAUAAAUGGGAUUUGACAAGGAAUUAAAGUGACAAUUGUUUCAGCCAAUAACAUGUAAUGUUACUG